AUGCCACGUCGUAAUAGUAAUGCUCCAUCUAUACCUGUUAUAGCAACAAUAGAUAUUGGUACAACAUCUGCAAGGGCGAUUUUAUUUUCACAACAAGGUCAAGAAAUUGCUAAACAUCAAAUUGAAUAUUCGACAACUGCUUCUGAAGCUCCAGAAAACUCUAAAAAUACUGAUCAAUUUAGAAGAAGGAGUUCUUUAAUGAGACAUGAAGAUCCUAUAUUUUCAGCUGAAGGUAUUGCUAUAUCAAUUACUGAUAAUGUUGAAAUUGAAAAUAAUAAAUCUAGUGUUGGUCCAACUUUAAGAUUUCCACAACCUGGUUGGGUUGAAUGUAUGCCUGUUCAUAUAUUAGCAAACGCUGUACAAUGUUUAGUUGCAUGUUUAAUUACCUUGCGUAAAAUUAAUCAAAAUCCAAAUUUACAAGUUAAAUAUAAAGUUAAAUGUAUUGGUAUCGCAAAUAUGAGAGAAACAACAAUUGUUUGGUCAAGAAAAACUGGUAAACCAUUAAGUGGAGGAAUUACUUGGACUGAUACAAGAACUUCUGAAAUUGUUCAACAUUUAGAAAAAAUGAUUGAUGAAGAUAGGAAACAAGAAUUAAAAGAAAAAACUGGUUUACCAUUAUCUACAUAUUUUUCAGCUGCUAAAUUAAGAUGGUUAUUGGAUAAUGAUGAUACUAUUAGAGAUGAAUAUGAAAAAGGUGAUGGUAAUUUAAUGUUUGGUACUGUUGAUACAUGGUUAAUUUAUCAUUUAACAAAAGAAAAAUCAUUUGUUUCAGACAUAACAAAUGCUUCAAGAACUUAUUUUAUGGAUUUAGAAACACAAGACUAUGAUGAUGAUUUAUUAGAUUUUUGGGGUAUUGAUCCACUGAAAAUUAGAUUACCAAAAAUUGUUUCAAGUUCAGAAUUUUAUGGUUCAUUUGCUGCUCCAAAUUUAUCAAAUCUAGGUUUUCAUAAUAAAAUUACUCAAGAAGCCUAUGAUAUAUUAAAAACUAUAACUGGUGUGCCUAUUUCAGGUUGUUUAGGUGAUCAAUCUGCAUCAUUAGUUGGACAAUUAGCAUUCAGUUCUGGUUCUGCAAAAUGUACUUAUGGUACAGGUUGUUUCUUGUUAUAUAAUACUGGUAUAACUAAAUUGAUAUCGGAUCAUGGUGCUUUAACUACUUUUGGUUAUUGGUUCCCAAAUUUGAAAGGAAAUCUGGGUAAACCUCAUUACGCGUUGGAAGGGUCAAUUGCAGUUGCUGGUUCAAUUAUACAAUGGUUAAGAGAUAAUUUGAAAAUGAUUGAAAAUGCUAAAGAUAUUGGUCCAUUAGCUUCACAAGUUGAUAAUUCAGGGGGUGUUGUAUUCAUACCUGCAUUUUCUGGUUUAUAUGCGCCAUAUUGGGAUAGAGGUGCAAGGGGUACAAUUUUUGGUAUGACACAAUAUACUUCAUCAUCACAUAUAGCUAAAGCUGCAUUGGAAGGUGUUUGUUUUCAAGUAAGAGCCAUUUUAAAAGCUAUGGCAAGUGAUGCUGGUGCAAGUGAAGAUUUCUUGGAAGAAGCUUUAACUUCACAAAACGAAAAGAAACCAUUGAGUACAUUGGCAACUGAUGGUGGUAUGUCAAAAGCUGAUGAAGUUUUACAAAUUCAAGCAGAUAUUUUAGGACCAUGUGUUACUGUUAAAAGAGCUCAAAUAUCUGAAUGUACUGCAUUGGGUGCUGCCAUAGCUGCAGGAUUAGGUGCUAAAAAUGAAGAAGAUAGAAUUUGGAAAGAUUUAGAUGAUGUUCUUGAAAAAAUUACUGGUGGUGACGCAGAAUCAAAUAUAUUUGUUGCAAAAUUACCUGAUAAUGAAAGAAGAAGAAAUUGGAAACGUUGGGAAAAAGCUGUUGAAAGAGCAAAAGGAUGGUUAGAUCAAGAGGAUUAA